CAAUUCUGUUCUUGAAACCGGCUAGGGAUGGAAAGAGAACAGGGAGGUGUAGUUGUCAUGGGGCGGGCGGAGAUUGACACAAGAGCACCAUUCCGGUCGGUUAAGGAGGCGGUCAUGUUGUUUGGGGAGAAAGUCUUAGUUGAAGAAAUAUAUGCUAACAGACUCAAGGAGAUGAGAGCUGAAGCAAGUGGAAAGGGAAUUGGACAAUCAAAAAUUGAAGCUCUGACAGCAGAGCUUGAAGAAGCAAAGCAAGGCCUUCACAAGGUGCGAGAAGAAGGUAACUUAAUGUCAAAUUGCAUAAAGACGCUUAGAGAAGAGCUUGAACAAACCAAGAAAGAGUUGCAGCGUCUCAAGACAAGAGAAUUUCAGAAACAGCGGAUUGAUCCUGAAAUUGAAGACCUCAAAUUCAUUGAAAAUGCCACUGGAAGAGAUAGCAAGGCACAACUUAUUGAAGAAGAUGGACUAGAAGAGUUUCAGAAGAAAAGAUAUGUGAAAUUUGCGCCAACUCCUACACUGACUCGGGUUAUUGUCAGCAGAGAAGAGAUGUUAGAGACACCACCUUCUGCUAAGAAAAAUAGAAGAAAGUCAUUGAUACCUAUCAUAGGAUGGAUGUUCUCAAAGAAAAAGGGAAGUCAACAAAAUGAGUCACUUAGACCCUUCUGAGCUAAGCACAUGCAAUAUCUGUAUGAUCUGUGUAUGCAUACUUCAUUUGCUUUACAUUGUCAUGGCCACAAAAGUAGUGCAUUUUUUCUACUAAAAAAUCUAUCCCCAUAAAUAAAUUCCCAAUACAUUC